AUGGCCAAAGUGGCGGCUGCCGUACCGGGAGCUGCCGCCGCCGCCGCCAGCGUCUCCUCCAUGCCGUUGAGCGCCAGUCUUAGCAGCGCCCCCAGCGUCUCGGCCAUCACGGCAGCUGCAGCCGCCGCGUCACUGCCGUACAACAGCCCCGCUGGCCGGGAGCUCCGACAGCUCCAGAACCGGUUGGAGAAGGCCACCGUGAAGGCCAAUGAGGCGUUUAGCAUACGGAAGACGUACGAGCAGGUUAUCGAGAAGCUGCGUCAGGAGGAGCCCCUUCUGGAGUCCCGUAUCCGGGCGCUGGAGGAACAGAAAACCACCAAGGUGGCCGCGCUGCAGACCGCCACCCUAUCAAGUCGGGAGGUCCAGGCCGCCAAGGAGGUGGCCAAGACCACACUGACAGCGCUGGAGGAGGAGGUCACCGCCAACCGAGCCCGGAGAGCCAGAGUACUGGCGGAGAUGCGGGAAAAGGAGUCGAGCCGGGGGGAGCUGGAGGACAUCACAGCACGAGAUCUCAUCGUACGGUUAUGUCGUACAGCGGGUGCGAAGCGGGUUUCGGAGCUGGUUGCGCGGCUGCUGGCGCAGCAGGAGUCGUACGCCAACUUGGUGGAGAUGCGCUCGCAGGCGACGGCGCAGCGCCUUGCACUUGUGCAGGAGCUUGAGGUACUCCGCAAGCACCGCGACGAUCUGCAGGGCAGUGGCAGGAUGACUACGCAGAACCAGAUGGAUGCGGCUCAGGAGGAGCUUCAGGACGCCCUUUCCCGAGCAGAUGCCGCGGGUGAGGCCCUGGAGUGCCUGCUCCGAAGCCAUGCAGAUGUACGGAGCGGGUUGGAGCACCUGGUGGCCCUGGUGAGCCCCCUGCCGCUGCCACCCGGGGGGCAGCCGGCGGUGCCCCUGGAGGAAGAGACCAUGGGGGACGUGCUGGCGCAGAUCGAGCAGCGGCUGGUGGGCGCAUACAAGGUCAUCGCAGCUCUACCCAAGGCUGUCGACAUGUUGGAGUCCAUGUACGCUUCCCUGCGCCAGUGACUCCCCUCUGCCAGCCGCGACAACACCCAACCCGGGGAGCUCAGCGACCUCCACCAGCACUACCACCACCACCACACCACUACUGGCUCGCUAAUGCAGUCCCGACCCGAUCUGACCUAAGACCCGUUCUGAACCAAAUCUGAAGAUCUAAGACCAAAAUGUGGUGACCUCGACGAUGUGACGCCUUCGUCUGACCCCACGCCUGUACUUGUCCUGCGUGUCUGACUAGGGGCCUAUUU